GAUUUAUGUAGUUUGCACUUUGCAGCACAAGUCAUUUUAUAAUUUCAUUUUCUUCCUGAGACUAUUUCUGUCAUCUGUGUGUUCGUUUCAUUUUCCACAAUACACGAGACUGGAGAAAUUGAUUUUGGAUUUUCUGCAGCCCAAGUUCUACCUGAAUUCCAUAGUUGCUUCUCUGCAAAUAUCUCUCUCCCUUUCUUCAAAAACAACUACACUCAAUUUAAUCAAGGCCGCAGUAGUAGUCGAAAGAAGAAGAAGGGGUAUUUGUAAGCUUAUAAUUGCUAAAAAUGGUGAAGGUCAGAAUGAACACGGCCGAUGUGGCCGCCGAGGUUAAAUGCUUGCGCCGAUUAAUCGGCAUGCGCUGUUCUAAUGUCUACGAUAUCUCGCCCAAGACCUAUGUGUUUAAACUUUCGAACAGCAGCGGAAUGACGGAAUCUGGGGAGAGUGAGAAGGUAUUGCUGUUGAUGGAAAGUGGGAUUAGAUUGCACACCACGGCAUAUCUCCGUGACAAAAAUAACACCCCUUCUGGUUUUACACUUAAAUUGAGGAAGCAUAUACGGCCAAAAAGGCUUGAGGAUGUGCGGCAACUUGGUUAUGACAGGAUAAUCCUCUUUCAGUUUGGACUGGGAUCUAAUGCUUUCUAUGUAAUAUUAGAGCUAUAUGCUCAGGGAAAUAUUAUUCUUACUGAUUCUGAUUUCAUGGUAUUGACACUUCUUCGUUCACACAGAGAUGAUGAUAAAGGCUUAGCGAUCAUGUCUCGUCACAGCUAUCCAGUUGAAAUAUGCCGUAGUUUUAACAGGACUACCAGUGAAAAGUUACAGACUGCCUUGCUAUUUUCUGCAGCAUCUACUGAAAAAGAACCUUUACAACUUACUGAGGAUGGACUUGAUAGCUCUGAUGUGCAACAAGGAAAGGAAGUCGGCAAAGGCAAAAAGAUAUCUGAAUCUACUAAAAAGGAUGGGACCCGUGCCAAACAGGUGACUUUGAAGUCAGUCCUUGGGGAGGCAUUGGGCUAUGGACCAGCACUUUCUGAACAUAUGAUUUUAGAUGCUGGCUUAAUUCCAAGUACAAAAGUUGGGAAUGAUUUUAAAUUAGAAGAUGGUACUCUGAAUUCACUGAUGGAAGCUGUCAGAAAAUUUGAGGACUGGCUGGAAGACAUUAUGUCUGGUGAAAAAGUCCCUGAGGGUUACAUUCUGAUGCAGCAAAGGGUUGUGGGUAAAAAGGAUAGCCCAUCUGAAACUGGAGCUUCUGAAAAGAUUUAUGAUGAAUUUUGCCCACUAUUACUGAACCAGUUCAAGUCAAGGGCCUCUCUAAUGUUUGAGACAUUUGAUGCUGCACUAGAUGAGUUCUAUACGAAAAUUGAAAGCCAACGCGUUGAGCAACAAAUAAAAGCCAAAGAGAACUCUGCUAUGCAGAAGCUCAGUAAGAUCCGCACUGACCAGGAAAAUCGUGUUUUAUCAUUAAAGAACGAAGUUGAGCACUGUGUUAAAAUGGCAGAACUGAUAGAAUAUAGCUUGGAAGACGUUGAUGCUGCCAUUGUAGCAGUCCGUGUUGCACUUGCAAAAGGAAUGAGUUGGGAAGAUCUGGCUCGUAUGGUGAAAGAGGAAAAGAAAUCUGGGAACCCAGUUGCAGGACUUAUUGACAAGUUACAUCUUGAAAAAAAUUGCAUGACCUUACUUCUAAGCAACAAUUUAGAUGAAAUGGAUGACAGCGAAAAGACGCAGCCUGUGGACAAAGUCGAAGUUGAUCUGUCACUUUCAGCUCAUGCAAAUGCUCGGCGAUGGUAUGGAAUGAAGAAAAAACAAGAGAAUAAACACGAGAAAACUAUUACUUCAUAUGAUAAAGCAUUUAAAGCUGCUGAGAGAAAGACACGACAACAAUUAUCUCAGGAAAAAACUGUUGCUGCUAUUUCACAUAUUCGCAAAGUUCAUUGGUUUGAAAAAUUCAAUUGGUUCGUUAGCAGUGAGAAUUAUUUGGUCAUAAGUGGUCGUGAUGCACACCAGAAUGAAAUGAUUGUCAAGCGGUAUAUGUCCAAGGGGGAUUUGUAUGUACAUGCUGAUCUCCACGGAGCAUCCAGCACAGUGAUCAAGAAUCACAAGCCUGAUCUUCCUAUACCUCCUCUCACUUUGAACCAAACAGGAUGCUAUACUGUUUGCUUCAGCCAGGCAUGGGACUCGAAAAUGGUAACUAGUGCUUGGUGGGUGUAUCCUCAUCAAGUCAGUAAAACUGCUCCUACAGGAGAAUAUCUCACUGUUGGAAGUUUCAUGAUCCGUGGUAAAAAGAAUUUCCUUCCCCCACACCCUCUUGUUAUGGGAUUCGGAAUAUUAUUUCGCUUGGAAGAGAGUUCUCUAGGUUCUCAUUUAAAUGAAAGGAGGGUGAGAGGCGAAGAAGAAGGAAUUAUUGAUGCUGAUAAAGGUGAAGCUUCAAAAGUAACUCCUGAUUCUGAAUCUGAUGAUGAGGAGGAGGCUGACAAGCCUACUGCAGUAGAUUCAACUGAUAUAUUGGGUUCAUCAAGAAAUAAAUCAAAUGUAGAAGGAUUGUCUUCUUCUGGGAAAAUGGUUGAUUCAGUUACAUCACAGCUGGAGGAUCUUAUUGAUAGAGCUCUUGAGAUAGGUUCUGCCACAUCUAAAAACCAUGGCUUCCCUUUUGCAUCAUCAGAAUCAAGCAAGCAGCAAACUGAUGAGGAGAAAAAGGCUGCACUGAGAGAUAAACCCUAUGUUUCGAAAUCUGAAAGAAGAAAGUUGAAGAAAGGAAUAAAUGAGAGCACUGUGGGUGAAAAUGCUGAGACUGGUGGGAAAGUGGAAGAAGGGAAGCUUAGCACAGAGAGUGAUAAAAAUGCUAACCCUGCAAAGCCUGCUGGUGCUAAACUCAGCAGGGGGCAAAAGAGUAAACUCAAGAAGAUAAAAGAGAAAUACGCAGAUCAGGACGAGGAGGAACGGAACAUUCGGAUGGCCCUUUUGGCUCCUGCUGGGAAAGCUGAGAAGAAUGAAAAAGCAAUAGAGGCUGAAAAUGCUGUAAAGGAGGUUGGAACAAAACCAAAGGCGGCCGAUGAUGGUCCAAAAAUAUGUUACAAGUGUAAGAAGGCUGGGCAUUUGUCUAGGGAUUGUAAAGAGCAUCAAGAUCAACCAUCUGUACAGAGUACUGUAAAUGGUGGGGAUGGUCACUCUGAGACUGGUGGCCAAAAUAGUAAUGCGGAGAAGAGAGAUAAUAUGCUGAUGGAGGAGGAUGAUGUUCAUGAGAUUGGCGACGAGGAGAAAGAAAAAUUGAAUGACGUGGACUAUCUGACUGGCAAUCCAUUGCCAGAUGAUAUUCUCCUAUAUGCAGUUCCCGUCUGUGGUCCUUAUAACGCCAUUCAGUCAUACAAAUACCGUGUCAAGCUAGUUCCUGGUUCUGUUAAGAAAGGAAAAGCGGCAAAGACAGCAAUGAAUUUGUUUAGUCAAAUGCCAGAGGCUACAAGCAGAGAGAGAGAAUUGAUGAAGGCAUGCACAGAUCCCGAGCUUGUUGCCGCUAUUAUCGGCAAUGUUAAAAUUACUUCUGCAGGUCUGACACAACUCAAGCAAAAACAAAAGAAAAACAAAAAGAUGAACAAAGGAGAGAAAGCUAGUUAACAGGCAAAGAAUGGCCCAAAAUCUUUGUAUGAGAUGUACAUUUAUGCAAAUUUUGUGCUCUUCAUUUCUAGCUGAGUUUACUGUUAUCUGAAUUCCGAGGUGGGUUAUGUAAUCUUGUGAGUUGUAAUUAGUCACUGUUGAGAAAAAGCGGCACUAUAUGGCGAUAAUGAUAAAACUGUUAAAACUAGUUAUCACUUAUCAGCUAUGUGAUUCUUAAACAAUAGUUAUUGAGAAAAUGAGAAUGAAUGUAUAAGGUCCGUCUGGAAUAUCUUAAUUUGAUUAUUUGAUAUCGUUUCCAG